AUGAACGACUACAAUCAGAGUUUCUCUCGCCUUCGGCUGACAAGCUUGGGCGAUCAAGAACUUCAUCGAAACCAGGAGAUUGCCCGAGAGUCCUCCCGCCAGCUGACCGUGCUGCUGGCCGAGGGCACGAAACAGUUCGACCAGAAACAACUGCAGAUGGUGAAGGUCGGCAAAGACGGGCCAGGGCAGGAAUUCCGGACGAACUUAGCAGCCUUCAGCAAGUUCCUGUCUAAAUUCUGGGAGACGAAGUGGCUGGAUGGUUUGGUGGCUCCAGAAUUUGCAGAGCAGAAGGACCUGGCUGUGCAGCUGAUGAACGAUUUGCAAAAGCAGAAGAACCUAUGUCCGGAUUGCCGGGUGAGCUAUUUCGGAACAUACUGCAUGACAUGCAACAGGUGCCCUUGCGGCUACUACGCCCACCAAGGUGUUUGCUGUGGCCACUUCGGUGCUGGGUGCCAGCGGUGCGGUGCAGCCGCGUUUCAGCAGGGUACCUUUUGCGAAAGCUGUGGAUACUGCGUACACGGUCGUCAUCAGUCAGUACGUACCGCCAAGAGACGCGGAUGCGAAUGCCAGACAACAAAGCAGCCUAAGACGGCUAAGACCUGCAAGACGGCCCUGGGCUCCGAUCAGAACAAGCCUGACCACGAGGCAACAAGCCGCGAACAGUUGACCGAGUUAGCAAACAUGGCCGACGCCCUCGCGAAGCUCUGUCGCAAGGAUGCCAAGGUAAUGGAGACCGCCGAGAAGGAGUUCCAGAAGAAGAUGGUGCUCUUGAAGGGAUUCGCCGAAGCCAUCAACGAUGUUCCGAAGGUCCUUCGAUGCUUUCUCCUCUUCCGGUGCGGAGCUAUCAAGGAGGACCCGACGUCGCUGAAGGAGUGGCUGAGCAAGGCCGAAGUCGAAGAAGUACAUCGUCAGCUCGAGGAGUUUCGCGACGAGGCCGGCGAGGAGAAGAUUGCCCGGCGCUUUGGCAAGUCCCGCACCGUCUCCGAAGGUUCCUGGUCUGUAAUGACUGAUCUGCACGGCGUCGUGAGAUGA